AAAUGAACAUUUAGACGUUGGCGACACGCGCGCAAACUCAUUGCGCUUCAUCAUUCUUUGCGCUUUGACGAUGCGUUGCGGACUGAGAGGAAGGAUGGCGAUGACCCUGACGAAGACAGCGAAUCUCAUCACUGCACUGGUUUUUGUUUUCCAGUUACAAAUAAGCUUCACGACGCUUAAAUCCGCUUAUGGAGUCUACCGUCCUGACACACAGGGGCUGUCUCCUCCAGAGGUUCGGCCGUAUGGAGUUGCAGGGAACAACCGGCCUAGGGAGAGGAGUCCCAGGUCCGGGGCCCCCGGCUGGGCUGCAGAUAAGAGGGGCCACUACAGAGACCAGCACAAACCAGAGGACUCGGAUCCAGACCUGCUGUUGGAUGAGGGGCACAACAAUUCUACACAGAUUGUGGACAUUGAUCAUGCUUAUUAUACAUCUAAACUCUACGGUUCUGAAGACGCGGCCAGUAAAGAGCUGUGGGUGAACAUCGACCAGAUCCAAGAUGAUGAGUGGAAGGUCUGCGGCUUUCUGUCCAGCACCUACAGACAGGCUGAGAGAGUGAAUCUUUCCUUCGACUUCCCUUUCUAUGGACAUAUACUAAAAGAAAUCACAGUGGCAACUGGAGGUUUCAUUUACACCGGAGAUAUACUUCACCGAAUGCUCACGGCCACUCAGUACAUUGCCCCUCUCAUGGCCAAUCUGGACCCGAGUCUGUCCAAGAACUCUACUGUGUUUUACUUUGACAACGGCACUGCACUGGUGGUUCAGUGGAACCGGAUUCCCCUCCAGGACAACAUCAGUCUGGGAACUUUCACCUUCCAGGCCGUUCUGCACAGCGAUGGACGUAUUGUCUUUGCAUACAAAGAGAUUCCUUUCGACAUCAACGACAUCAGCACAGAGAAUCAUCCUGUCAAAGUAGGCUUGUCCGAUGCUUUUGUGGUUCUUCAUGAGAUCCAGCAGAUCCCCAAUGUUCGGAGGAGAACUAUUUAUGAGUAUCACAAAGUCGACAUCCUCAAGUCCAAAAUCGAAAAUUCUUCAGCUGUGGAGAUAAUACCGCUCCCAACAUGUCUCCAGUUCUCCAGCUGUGGUCCAUGUGUCACUUCUCAGAUCGGCUUUAACUGCAGCUGGUGCAGUCGGCUACGAAGAUGCUCCAGUGGCUUUGAUCGUAACCGGCAAGAUUGGGUCGACUUCGGCUGCCCGGAGGAGAGAAGAGAUCUCCGGUGUCUCGGAACAACUGAUGUCACAAACGUCACAUCUUUCCACCUCGCACAGACGACCGCUCCUGUUACCACGACAGCAAAGCAGCAGAGGUCCUCCAGCAUGACCUCUGAACCCCCCAGCAGGACGUCCUCCGUCACCAAUCCCUCAACACGUGGCAGCACAGCCAGAAGAUUAAUAUCCACUCCACAGCCUCCAACCAGCAGACUUGCAGAAGCUGGGGAGGAGGAGACCAUAGGAGAGAGGGAAGAGCGGCCGCAGUUUGCUCUUCUCGCGGGCAUCGUCAUGGUGAUGGUCAUCAUGGGAGCAGCCGUCCUUGUGUUGGUCUACUUGUACAACCAUCCCACCUCCAGUGUCAGCCUCUUCUUCAUGGAGCGGCGGCCGACUCGCUGGCCAAUCAUGAAGUUCAGGCGAGGCUCCAGUCGCCCUUCUUACGCCGAGGUGGAGGCUCCAGGUCAGGACAGCAUGGUGGUCAUGGACCCCAAACAGUCUUUCGUCAUGUCGGACAGAAGAGAGAGUGAACAGAAAGAAGGAUUCAUAGUUCCUGACCAGAGGGAGCGCUUCCUUGUCUCAGAGAGCUGACCAGAACUACAUAUCCCAGGAGGCUUUGGAACAGAGCAGGACCUCGAUGUG